AUGCGAGGCGAGAAAUCUGGACAGUCACUUGCCGAGGCUUUGGAGGUCGGACAUAAUUCGUGGACCGCCAAGCUGGACUUCUUUGGUACGACAUCACUCUUCAAAGACGCACCCCACGGAUCAGAUCCAAAACGAGUUUACGAGGUCACCAACGUCAUACGUCUUGGUUUCGAUAAAGGUGACGGCAUCGUUCACCAAGUGACCCGGGAGAAGGAUUUCCUGGGAGUUGUCGAGAAGUGCAUGAUGGAGUAUUCAGGUCCCCAACCCAAGAUGAUGAAGUUCGUGAAGCGUUUGUGGGAGCGCAGCGCGUUCUUGUCCCAGCGAAAUAUUGACGUGCCCAAGCAUGAGCUGAUGCUAGAAGGCCUGCAGCCCAUUCUAGAACACUGGGUGGCAGAACUUAGCCAAAUUGCUGCGCAUGCGGAGACGCUGACGAGCAUGCUGAAGAGGCAAGAUCCAGAUUACAGGGAGCAUGCAGCAGCCGACGUCAAGCAGCUUCGCAGCAGUCUGGGCAGGGCGCAUGGUACAGUGGAAAACCGGUUGCAGGACAGACAUACCGCGACUGUGGAUGCUUUACAGUUCAUUCGCCGCGUCAUGUCACUAGUUGAGCCCUCGGCAGAUGAAGUGGUGGAAGAGUCUGCUAGACUGAGGCAGGUCCAAGAUUUGCUGGAAGCUUGCGUUGAACAUGUGCUGAUGAGUUGGCUGAGCACAGAGUCAGCCUUCCGACGUCCGCUAGUUCAAGAGCUACGGGAUAAGUGGGACUUCGUCUCAGCCCAUCCGCCCAUCGCUGCCUCUGUCACCUGGCCAAGGAAGCCUCCGGGACCUCAGAUCUACGUCGCAUCCUGGAAUCUUUCACACGAGGAUCACAUCAGCGACCAGGGCUGGCUGCAGGAGUCCAUUCUGGAAAACACGCUCCAAAAAGUACUCGAAGUCCUUUGCCAUGAGACGCAUCCAAAAGCUAUCCUCUGUCUUCAAGGUUGUCAACCUGAGCUCCUGCAAAAGCUUGACAAGAAGUUUGAAGAGCCCGAUGAGAAGAAUCACGGAAAGCCCCGACGAAAGUUCAGAUUAGCUCGCCGGCGCACCGACUUUGAGGCCAUCAUCUACGACCAGGAAAUGGUCGUAGAGGUUAACAGGCCCGCUGAAGAG